AUGCUCAAUCCAGACUUAAUCUAAGAAUUUGAAAUAAAUGGAUACAAUCUACCUAAGAUUGAUAAAGUAUAAUGUAUCAAUCAAAUAAAAUAAUUGAUUUAAACUCAUCCUUUAGAUUUUGACUUUAUUAUUGCCAAUACGAAACUAACAACCAAUUAGAUGAAUAUAUUGUAAUAAAAGUCACAAAUUUCAUUAAUCCUUGAUCCUUAAAAUCAUUAUAACAUUUCCUGUCCAGUUUUUGAUUUCAAAAAAUUGUAGGAAAUACUUCCAAAUAAGAAUAGAAAUAAAUUAAAUGAAAUUAAGUCUAAAGUAGAAACUCUAUUAAAUAGUAGUCAUAUAGAUCCACCAUAAACAAUAAAGAAAAGGUAUAAAUUAAUAUUAAUUAGAUGGUGGACAGAAGAUGAAGAUCAACAACUUUAAGAUUUAGUGUCUUAAUAUGGUGCUAAAAAUUGGAAGAAAAUAGCAUCUUUUUUUUAAGAUAGAACAGAUGUAUAAUGUUUACAUCGUUGGCAAAAAGUUCUAAAUCCUGAUUUAGUAAAAGGUCCUUGGACUCAAGAAGAGGAUGAACUUUUAGUUACUUUAGUUGUUGGAUAUGGACCUAAGAAUUGGAGUUAAAUAGCUAAACAUUUACCAGGGAGGAUUGGGAAGUAAUGUAGAGAAAGGUAAACUUAAAUUAUUAAAAAAGAUUUCAUAAUCAUUUAGAUCCAAAGAUCAAUAAGGAAAGAUGGACUGAUGAAGAAGAUUAAACUAUCAUAGAGGCUCAUAAAAAAUUAGGAAAUCGUUGGUCUUUGAUAGCUGGAUUAUUAAAAGGUAGAACUGAUAAUUCAAUCAAAAACCAUUGGAAUAGCACUUUAAAGAGAAGACUUAAGAUGUAAAACCGAUGGGAAGACUUAUAGGUUUUAUAGAAUCAAGAUGACACAUAAAUUAAAGGAAUUCCAAGAAGACAUAUGUAAAGAAAGAUCAUUUAUCAAAAAACACCAGUGAAAAUGAUCAAACCUGAUCCUGUAUCUAGAUAAUUGAAUUUUCUAACUCCAUAAUAAUCUCCAACAAGUAAAUAGAUAAAUUAUAAUUUAAUUUAGAACUGGAGUAAUUUUCAAAAAGUUUAUUUAUUGUAUUUCCAAAUUACAAUAUAAAGUUAAUGAAUUUAUCAAGUGUAACUCUGAUCAAAUAAUUGGGUGAAUUGGUUAAUUUUGAUCUUGAUUUCAAUAAACAAUAUAGUUACGAAUGA